AUGGCUCCGAUAGAUGCAUCAAUCUACUCUAAACUGGUACGCCGGUUCAGAGACUUCCUCCCAAUGGGUUCGAGCACCAGCACUCCUGGUCCCAUCGACAAGCGCGUUCUCACAAGCACCAAGGGGUCCAGGAUCCCUCCUCCUGCGCCCACGGAACUUCCCUAUCUCCCCAGAGAGCUUCGUCCUACCAGAGUGACAGCCGAGCUACAUCCCCGUACACAAGAGAUUGUUGAUGAGUGCCAUGAUUUCUUCAUAAAAAACUGGCCUUUCAAAACAGAGACACACAAGAAGCGGUUCUGUGACGAAGGCUACGCAUGGUUCAACUGCAUAUUGUGCCCCAUGGGGCUUGAUGAUCGCAUGGUUGGUGUGUGCAAGUUCUUGACCACCGGCUUCUUGAUCGACGAUAUGCUCGAUCGCAUGUCCGUGGAAGAGGGAAAGGCGCACAACGCUGUUGUCAUUGAGUGUUGUCGCGGAGAUCGAUUACCAGAUCGCGAGAAGCCUGCACAAUGGAUCAUGUACGACUUGUUCCAAGAGUUCCGCCAGAUCGACAAGGAGCUUUCAGACAUGCUCCUCAAAUACACAAUCGACUUUUUCAUCGCACAGACCGACGCGGAUAGGUCAAACAUCAAGAAUCUGCAAGGCUACUUUGAGUACCGACAUGCCGAUCUUGGUAAAGGCUUCAUGUCCGGAGUCAUGUGCUUCUCCAUGGGUCUCCAUGUCACACCUAGAGAGCUCGAACUUUUGCAACCUCUAGAGAUGAACGCCAUGAGGCAUGUCACACUCGUCAAUGACAUCGCGUCCUACGAGAAAGAAGUCCUUGCUGCCGGGAAAGGAGCUGCUCUUGGCCAAUUGUGCUCCGCCGUCCCCAUCUUCAUAGAGUCAUUUGGAGUCAAUGAGAAGAGCGCAAUGCGUAUCAUGUGGGAGGCGGCUCGCGAGAUGGAGAUCGAACACUUCAGGCUGUUCGAGGAGGUCACAAACCAGUGCGACUCUGAAGCCUUGAAGUUGUAUGCGAAAGGGCUCGAGUACCAGAUUGCUGGAAACGAGAGGUGGAAUCUCCUCACGCCGAGAUACAAUCGAUCAGGCGGGCUGCCGUUCAAUGAAGGAAGGAUUUGGGGUUGA